AUGAAUCAAAGCCGACCAAUAAUGUUUGAGUUUUCAGGAUGGACCGAAGAUGCCACUCUUGCCAUCUUCCUCUUUGUAUUCUUUAUCAUGGUUUACAUGAUAACUGUGGUUGCUAACGUUGGGUUGUUCAUCAUUGUCCUUAAGACGCCCACCCUCCACACUCCCAUGUAUUACUUCCUCAGUUACCUCUCAAUGGUGGAUCUCUUCUACUCCUCAGCUAUUGUUCCUAAAAUGGUUUUGGACAUUGUUUCCAGGAGGAAGUUCAUCUCAUUUUAUGGUUGUGCUCUUCAGUUCUACUUCUUUGCUGCUUUGGCUAGUAUCGAUGUUCAUUUACUUUCAAAUAUGUCCUAUGACCGAUAUGCCGCUAUCUGUCACCCUCUACAUUAUGUGUCCAUAAUGACCAGGCCAAAAUGUCUUCAUAUGGUUCUCGUAGCUUUUGCUCUUGGAUUUUUCCAGUCGUCUGUACAGACCAGUUGUAUUUUCAGUCUUCAAUAUUGUGGCUCAAAUUUCAUCGACCAUUUCUACUGUGAUAUCGCUCCACUGCUCAAGCUGUCCUGCUCCGAUACUUUCAUGUGUGACAUGGUCAUCAUGUCCCUCAUUGGAUUUUAUGGCAUAUGUUCACUGUCUACUAUCCUGAUUUCAUACAUUUUCAUCAUUAUUUCCAUUCUAAAGAUUAAGUCGGCGAAGGGAAGGCAGAAAGCGUUCAGCACCUGCUCCUCACACAUCAUCUGUGCCUCCAUCUUCUACGGGUCCGUGUUCCUCACUUACUUACAUCCUCCUUCUAAUGUCAAUGGUGGGAAGAGUAAGGUGGCUGCUAUCUUCUAUUCCGUGAUGACGCCCAUGCUCAAUCCUCUCAUAUACAGCUUGAGGAACCAAGAGGUAAAAAAAGUAAUUGUCCAAGUCAUACACAAUCUAAAUUCUUUUAAUACCAGUUUUAAAAAUGUGUAA